CCCUACUUCCACGCUGACCCGGAUCCGUUUUCUUCUCAUUACCGAACCCUACUUCCACGCCGACCCGGAUCCGUUUCCAUAUCAUACUAUCGCUUAAACCCUUACCGCCAACGCAGUCUUUCUUCUCUCUUAGCUUACGUUGAAGCAAAACCAAACGCAGAUUACGUUGAAUUUUGGCAACAAUACAAUGUCCCGUCUAUGUGUGAAGAAUUUGCCAAAGUAUGUAGCCGAGGACCGCCUCAGAGAAUUCUUCUCUCAGAAAGGGGAAGUCACUGAUGCCAAGCUUAUGCGUACUUCAGAUGGGAAGAGCAGGCAGUUUGGAUUUGUAGGAUUUCGAACUGAGCAAGAGGCUGAGGAAGCUAUCAAGUAUUUUGACAAGUCUUUCAUGGAUAGUAGUCGUAUUAUUUGUGAGAUUGCUAGGAAAAUUGGGGAUCCAAAUAUCCCUCGUCCAUGGAGCAGGCACACUUUGAAGAAACAAGAGAUAUUGACAAAUGAGGAUGAGAAUGCAAUAGUAAACAAAAGUUCUAAGUCUGCAGGUUUAAAAGGGGACAAAAAGAAUAGUAAACAGGAGAGUAAGGAUGAGGAUCCUCAGCUUCAAGAGUUCCUUGAAGUUAUGCAGCCUCGGAGUAAGUCAAAGUUGUGGGCAAAUGAUGCAUUAACAGCUCCGUCUCUUGCCCGAAGUAAAAAGGAUGGCGAUAAGCAAUACCAGAAAAAAGAAACUAGCCAGGAAAAAACGGAUACUGAUGACUCUGAGUUGGACGAGGUUAUUAAAAAAAAGAAAUCUCUGUCAGAUAGUGAAAAAUCUGAGAAACCUGGCGGCUCCCAUAAUGAUGAAGUUAUGACCGAUACGGAUUAUUUCAAAAGUAGAGUGAGGAAAGAUUGGUCCGACUCAGAAAGUAGUGAAGACGAUGGUAGUGAUAAUGAAAGUGACAAGAGCAGUGAAGAUGCAAAUGCUGGUAAUAUCCUUGAACCUGAUGAUACAGAGGAAUUUUUGAGUGAUGGGCUCACCAGAUCUAACAAUGAGUCGCUUGAGCCUGUUGACCCUUCAUCAAGUGUUAAGGAUGAAAAAGAAGAAAAUCUGGAGAGCGGACGAUUAUUUGUUCGUAACCUUCCAUACACCACUACGGAAGAGGAGCUGGAAGAACACUUUAAAGCAUUUGGCAAUGUCUCACAGGUUCAUAUUGUUGUUGACAAAGAUACAAAGCGGUCCAAAGGAAUUGCAUAUGUUCUCUAUCCAUUACCAGAAUCUGCUGCUAGGGCAUUAGCAGAGCUGGACAGUUCAAUCUUUCAAGGACGAUUACUUCAUGUUAUGCCAGCGAAGCAGAAAAUUUCUCCAGAGAAGGCAGAGACAAUUGCUAAUACCAAGCAAUCGUCAAACACAUUUAAGCAGAAGAGACAAGAGGAAAAGAAGGCAUCUGAAGCUAGUGGAAAUACACAAUCUUGGAAUACUCUGUUUAUGCGGCCAGACACUGUUGUUGAAAAUAUUGCAAGAAAAUUUGGUGUGAGUAAAAGUGAUCUCCUUGAUAGAGAAGCUGAUGAUCUUGCUGUGCGUAUAGCGUUGGGCGAGACUCAAGUGAUAGCGGAGACAAAAAAGGCUCUUGCAAAAGCUGGAGUUAAUAUUGUUUCUUUGGAAGAAUACGCUGCUGGAAAAACUGAUGGGGUGAAACGAAGCAAUCAUGUUAUUCUAGUUAAGAACUUGCCUUAUGGUUCAUCAGAAGGUGAACUUGCAAAUAUGUUUGGGAAGUUUGGGAGCCUGGAUAAAAUUGUUCUUCCUCCUACCAAAACCUUAGCUUUGGUUGUCUUCCUAGAACCGGCAGAAGCACGUUCAGCUUUCCGGGGUCUAGCAUACAAACGUUACAAGGACACUCCCCUUUAUUUGGAGUGGGCUCCUGGAAAUAUUCUUGAUCAAACAAGUGAUUCAAAAAAUGCUCUUGUUGUUGGUGAAGAUGAUGCAAAGAGAGUGCUGCUAGAGCAACAAGUGGAAGGAGUAACGGAUCCAGAUGUUGAUCCUGAUAGAGUUGAGUCACGAUCACUGUAUGUCAAGAACCUAAAUUUCAAGACGUUGGAUGAGAGCUUAAAAAAGCAUUUCACCGACCACAUAAAGGAUGGGCGAAUAUUAAGUGUGAGGGUGAAGAAGCAUGUAAAGAAUGGAAAAAAUGUCUCUAUGGGUUUUGGAUUCGUUGAGUUUGAUUCUGUUGAUACAGCAAUCAACGUUUGCAAGGAUUUGCAGGGAACUGUUUUGGAUGGCCAUGCACUUAUAUUGCAACUUUGUCACACUAAGAAGGACCAAUUACCAAAGAGAGCUGAGAAUGACAAGAGUUCAACUAAGUUGCUUGUUAGGAAUGUUGCUUUUGAGGCAACUGAAAAGGAUCUCAGGCAAUUAUUCAGUCCAUUCGGGCAGAUUAAGAGUUUAAGGCUGCCAAUGAGGUUUGGGAACCAUAGAGGAUUUGCAUUUGUAGAGUUUGUCACGAAGCAAGAGGCAAAGAACGCCAUUGAAGCUCUAUCCAGUACUCACUUGUAUGGGCGCCAUUUGGUUCUGGAGAGAGCCAAGGAAGGUGAGAGCCUAGAGGAAUUACGCGCUCGCACAGCUGCUCAGUUUACUACUGAGCAAAAUGGGUUUCAAACUACUAAAUUAUCAAAGAAGAGAAAGCAAAUGGGUAUACUGGAUGAUGGGAGUUCUAAAUUCGGGCGAAUUGCUGAUUAAUACUCUUCACAAGUCAGUCAUAUGUAACAUGAAGAUGAGUUUUUUCUCUCUUUUAUGCCCAAUCAGUUGUCCUGUAUAGGUUAAAAUUCUGCAGUCUUUGUAGCAAAUAGCACUACGACCAGAACUUGUUUAAUUAUUUCACAAUCAAUGUGGUGGGUGGGACUUGAUAGUUCUCUUUGUAUACUAAAUUAGCCAUCUUUUGUUUGGGAUAAGAUCUACCCAGAACUUGAGUUUUGCAGUUUUGUUUAUUAAUGUAAUGUUUUUACAUCCUCUUCA